AUCCAUAAUGCAAAAUAUACAUAAUGAAAAAAUAUCCAAAACAAAUACACACCAAUAUCCUACUAUCAACAGAAAACAACGAUUGUUCGAUACAACGAUUGUUCAAAGCCAUUCCAACAUGGCAAUUAUAUAAUUCAAUAAAGCUCCAUUACAACCACUUAAUGAUGUUGAAACAUGCAAAGUUCAAUUCUUGUCUUGCUGGCGCUUCCGGUUCCGUUACUGAAGCGACAGAAGUUGAAUUUCGCGGGAUUGAAUUACGUUUUCCGCAUCCCAGUGGCGGGUUCGAUUGUAUCUUCGAGUCGGUUGUAUAGCUGUGGAAGUUGUGCGGCCGAGGAACGAGUCUCGGUGGACAUGGGAAAGUACAAGGAGGGUUUUGCAAGGAGAAUGGCUAUGGCCGGACUCCAACCUUACCAUUCUAUCGCUGUAGGAGUAUCAGGUGGGCCUGACAGCAUGGCAUUGUGUUUCCUAACGGCUGCUUGGAAAACUGAUGCUGCUGGGAAGAGUGAUGGUUAUGUUGAUGGACUUUUGGCCAUAAUUGUUGAUCAUGGGCUACGUGCAGAGAGCAAAGAGGAGGCACACAUUCGUGAACAUUUGUUAGGAAUCAGAUGUGAGAUUGCAGAGUGUAAUUGGUCGAAUGGAAGACCAAAACAAGGUCACUUGCAAGAAGCAGCACGGGAUAUGAGGUAUCAAAAUUUUCAGAAAGUUUGCAUUCAGCAUCAAAUUGGUGUGCUACUUAUUGCUCAUCAUGCAGACGAUCAGGCGGAGCUACUGAUUCUUCGACUUUCACGCGGUAGUGGUGUGCUUGGACUUGCAGGCAUGGCAUUUACUUCUCAGUUGUUCUCGACAUGUACAGUUUUGCAUAAUGAAGGUUCAAACAAUAAAGGCCUACUUCUAGUGCGUCCACUCUUGCAUUUUUCUAAAGAAGAUAUGUACAAGACAUGUCAAGCAAGUAAUCAAGACUGGGUGGAAGACCCAACAAAUCGAAGUGCAGCAUAUGCUCGGAAUAGGAUCAGAAUGUCACUGGGAAAAUUUUCAUCAUAUGUUUUCCAGACUGAGGCUGUGAACAUUAUGGAUCAAGGUUAUGCUGUUAUUGAUUUGAUGAUUCUUAAUCCAUCAAAAGUUCCAGAUAUGUGCCUUUCGAAGUUUGUUGCCUUGGUCUUGCAGUUUGUUUCUCAAAGGUACAGAACUGUUAGAGGCGCCACUAUUAAAGUAUUAUUGGAUUACGUUUGUACUUUCCCAUGUAAGACAUCUUUUACAGUGGCUGGAUGUUAUCUCUGCCCUUCUCCUGGAUCUAGGGGAACAAAACUCUUAGUUUGCUGUUCUGUUGAUUGUCCUCCUCAUUCGAAAAUUGAAAUGCAGGUGGUGUGAAAUUCAUGGACAUAACAUGCCAAUCAGUCCUAACAGAAGCUGAAAGACUGGGUAUCAUCAGCGAGUCAACUCAUAGAAAUAUAACCUUACUGGGGAGGAAUGAAACAAAGCAUUUCAAACCUGAGAAUAAGGUUCACUUGAAGCAUGAGAGCGCAGAGAAUCCCUACACCUCGGCAUCUGAAAGUAAGCUACUUCACCCAGGCCAAGCAUGUUACUUUAUGAACAGAUUCUUAGUCACUUGGAAUGAAAGACCGCUUAGUUAUUGCUCGUCUUUGGUAAUUGAUCAUCGAAGAACUGCUGAAAUACGCCAUAUGGCUGAGUCUGAUUGGUUGUAUCUGGCCAAAUUGGUUAAGUGCAAAAAUUGGGAAGAUUUUCUGCCAGAAAUAACUGAUGUAAACAUUGAAGUAGACCAGAUAGCAGAAAAGAGACACCGGUGUUUAGCAUACAUGUAGUUAUCAGCAAAAUUCUCUUCAAUGUUUGAAGUCGAUCCCAGUUGCUGCCAGAAGCAGCCUGCCUGUCUUAGUAAAUAGCGAAGGAUUCGUACUGAGCAUACCGGUAUUUUCACGUCUCUGAAAUUAUGAUGAUUUUUUACAAGUCUUGCUAACAAAUUGUUCAUGGUUUACAUAUAUGUCUAUUAAACCUCGUGAUCCUUCCCUCAUUCAUGAUUGGUUUUUUCCUCUUGCAGAGCAUUGGAUUCCAGUGUUGCCCUUGUUUGAUUGUGUCCUGUGCAUUCAUGCCAAGAAUGCCACUAGGGGGAGGUCACUCUUCAUUUUUGUAGUUUAUGCAGCUUAAAGCAGUGCACAUGUAUAAUAGAGGCCUUCAAUUUUUGUGUUUGUUGUUGCUCAUUUGUAUCAUCUUCAGAUUAGAAAUAGUAAAUAGAAUGGUUGAAA